GGGAGAGGAGGGUCCUGAAUUCUGAGCUUUGGCAUGCGUGCGCGGGUCCUCUUGUUUCUCUACCGGCUGUUGGCAGUCGCGUUGUUUAUUUUCCGCAAGGUCAUAGUGAGCAGGUCGCUGCAUCUACCAAUAGAGAGGUGGAUGCCCAGAUCCCAAACUACCCAAGUUUACCGCCGCAGCUAAUCUGUCAACUUCACAACCUGACCAUGCAUGCAGAUGCUGAGACAGAUGAAGUAUAUGCCCAGAUGACUUUGCAGCCCUUGAGUGCUCAAGAAUUGAAGGAAGCCUACCUUCCAGCCGAGUUAGGCACUCCAAGUAGGCAGCCUACGAAUUAUUUUUGCAAAACUUUGACAGCCAGUGAUACCAGCACCCAUGGAGGUUUUUCUGUUCCUCGCCGUGCUGCUGAAAAAGUAUUCCCUCCUUUGGAUUUCUCCAUGCAGCCCCCAGCACAAGAGCUAAUUGCGAAGGACCUACAUGAUAAUGAGUGGAAAUUUAGACAUAUAUUUCGCGGCCAGCCUAAAAGGCACCUUCUAACUACUGGAUGGAGCAUUUUUGUGAGUGCUAAACGACUUGUUGCUGGUGAUGCUGUACUUUUUAUCUGGAAUGAAAAAAAUCAGUUACUCCUUGGAAUCAGGCGUGCAAGUCGACCACAAACUGUGAUGCCUUCAUCAGUUUUGUCAAGUGAUAGCAUGCAUUUAGGGCUUCUUGCUGCUGCAGCUCAUGCAGCUGCUACCAAUAGUCGGUUUACCAUAUUUUUUAACCCAAGGGCUAGCCCUUCAGAGUUUGUCAUACCACUGUCCAAAUAUGUGAAGGCAGUCUACCAUACUCGCGUUUCUGUUGGUAUGCGCUUUAGGAUGCUGUUUGAAACGGAAGAAUCAAGUGUUCGUCGCUACAUGGGCACAAUCACUGGCAUUAGUGACUUAGAUCCUGUAAGAUGGCAAAAUUCACAUUGGCGAUCGGUCAAGGUUGGUUGGGAUGAGUCAACAGCAGGCGAGCGGCAGCCAAGAGUGUCCUUAUGGGAAAUUGAACCAUUAACGACAUUUCCAAUGUAUCCAUCACCGUUUCCGCUUAGGCUGAAGCGUCCAUGGCCUACUGCAUUGCCUUCUUUCGGCAUCAAGGACAGCGACUUCAGCAUGAAUUCUCCUUUCAUGUGGAUACGGGGAGAUAAUAGCGAUCGUGGCAUCCCAUGUCUAAACUUCCAGGGAACUGGGGUCUCUCCAUGGAUGCAGCCAAGGCUUGAUACUUCCAUGAUUGGUAUGCAACCUGACAUGUAUCAAGCCAUGGCUACUGCUGCUCUUCAGGAGAUGAGGGCGAUCGAUUAUUCCAAAAUCGCACCUACAUCCCUUCUACAAUUCCAGCACCCGCAAGGUCUUCCUUGCCAGUCUUCUACCUUAAUGCAGCCUCAGAUGUUGAAUCAGUCCCAACCCCAACAGGCGUUUCUACAAUCCAUUCAAGAAAACCAGCAGCAUUCUCAGUCUCAGGCUCAGGUGCAAACUCAGUCCCAUCAUCUGCAGCAACAAUUGCAGCCCCAGCAGUCAUUUAAUAAUCAACAACAGCAGCAUCAACAGCAACAGCAACAGCAACCACGGCAGCCGCAGUCACAGCCGCAGCCGCUGGUUGAUCAUCAACCGAUUCCUUGUACGAUUCCUGCUAUAUCUCAGUUUGCUUCAUGUUCCCAAUCCCAGUCACCAUCCCUGCAAACCGUCCCUUCCCUUUGCCAGCAACCAAGUUUUUCUGAUUCCAAUGGUAACCCUGUAACUAGUCCUACUGUUUCCCCAUUGCAUAGCCUUGCAGGGUCGUUUGUCCAAGACGAAUCGUCUCAGCUGCUUAACAUCCAAAGAACAAGUUCAAUAAUUCCUUCAGCAGGCUGGCCAUCAAAGAGAGCUGCUAUUGAUCCUCUCUCUACUGGAGCUUCUCAGUAUUUUCUACCUCAAGUGGACAAUUUGGGAACAUCACAGAGUAGUAUUUCUCAGAAUACAGUUGCAUUGCCACCCUUCCCUGGAAGGGAGUGUUCUAUUGAUCGAGAUGAGGGCUCGGAUCCACAGAACCAUGUUUUAUUUGGUGUGAAUAUAGACUCUUCAUCCCUUCUAAUGCAGAAUGGGAUGUCAAACCUUAGGGGAGUUGGCAAUGAUAGUGUUUCGACAACUCUACCUUUUUCUUCCAAUUACAUGAGCACUGCUGUUACCGAUUUUUCUGUAAAUCCAACGAUGACAUCCUCGAAUUGCAUCAAUGAAUCAGGUUUUCUGCAGUCUCAUGAAAAUGUAGGCCAAGUAAACCCAUCGAACGGAACCUUUGUCAAGGUUCACAAAUCAGGGUCCUACAGUAGGUCGCUAGAUAUAUCAAAAUUCAACAGCUAUCCUGAGCUACGCAGCGAGCUUGCUCGCAUGUUUAGCCUAGAAGGCGAGUUGGAGGAUCCUUUGAGAUCAGGCUGGCAGCUUGUAUUCGUUGACCGGGAGAAUGACGUUCUUCUCCUUGGGGAUGGCCCGUGGCCGGAGUUUGUGAACAGUGUGUGGUGUAUCAAAAUACUUUCACCAGAAGAAGUUCAGGAAAUGGGCAAACGAGGUUUAGAACUUCUGAACUCCGUGCCAAUCCAGAGGCUCUCAAACAGCACCUGUGACGACUAUGGUAGCCGACAGGACUCGAGAAAUUUGAUCUCGGGGAUAACCUCUGUCGGGCCUCUAGACUACUGAGUGACUCAUCCGGGCUACGAUCGACAUCAUUGUUCUCUCUCGUGUAAUUUUAGCCUUUUUCUUUAAAUUCUUCAUAUGAGGAUAUGGAAAAAGCUACAGAAAUCUAGUUUAAACGCUUAUGAGCUAGUACUGUAAUUAGACAUUUUCAUUUCAUGUUCUGUACUGUCUAAUACCGGCGAUGCACUAGCAUUAGGACAUCGAUAUUUCAUUUGAAGAAGAAGACUUGGGUUUAAUCAUCUCUUGUUUCUCUUGCAGUUUAUAGAAAUGAAGUAAAUUUAGCAGGA